AUGAACAAGACCGGCAAGCGAAGCUACCAAAGAGCUUGUAAAGUUGCCCUGGCGAAGGGAGCAGCACUUUACAAAGGCCGACUUCUGACCGCUCAGGCUCUAGGAGCCCAUGAAGACCAAUUUGCAGUCUCUGAGAAGCCAGAGAAGCAAUCUUUUCAGCCGAUCAGACAGUAUCACCACAAAUUUGAAAUUGAGGUUUUAUCUUGGAACGCAGGUUCAAUAACGAGUCGAGUUUGGAAUGAGCUUCUGGCCAUUUUGGCAACACCAGAAUAUCAGAACAUCAAGCUUGUGCUGCUGCAAGAAUCCCACUGGCAGCAGGACCAAACCUACAGCUCAGGUCCAUGGUCAGUCCUCACCUGUGGCUCUGAGAGUGACAUAAAGCCGGCCUCGUUGUCCUUGUGCAUCGAUCCGAAGGAUGUGCUGAGUCAACUUGAGACUCGCCUUCGCAGAGUGCCUUUUGGAGACUUUAUGCUUGUUGCCGGUGAUUUCAACUCACAUGCAGUCACAGAGCGUCCUUUCAUUGGGCCCAGUGUGCCUCGCCGAGCCAGAUUUGCCCAUGCAGAUGUUAGAUCGCUCCCAGAACUGUGCAGAUCUUGUGGGCUGACAGCGCUCAACACAUGGGCCUCCAGCCAUAAAAGCACUUAUGCAAACAGCGAUGGCACAUAUGAGUCUCAAAUUGAUUUUCUGCUAGUUCGACUGCAAGAUGCCCGGAGGCGGUCGAAGGAGGCUUCCUCCGAUAAGAAUUUUCCAGUUGCAGCGUACCGGGAUGGCUCCAAGCACUUCCCGGUCAGAGCCAAACUGUUUGUUCCUCCAUACAGUCCUCCCCCAAGCAAACCAAAGCCCUUUGAUGCCACUGCACUUGAUGCCAGCUUUAGACGAAAAGAUGAAGACUGGCAGGCUUAUUCCAAGCACCUAACAGCUGAAGUAGUCAAGAGUGUGGCUGAGCAGAACUCUUGGCAAUCGAUCGACAGGACGAUGGUUCGAGUCACUGCUGAGCAAUUUCCACCGCCUCGCAAGGCUCAGCCAGUUGCAGGGCCCAUUCAGCAGGCUUACUGGACAAAGGUGCGCCAAAUUCAGGAGCACAAGCGAUCCGGUAAUGGGCAGUCUCCUGAGUGCCAACAGCUAAUCAGCGACAUAAAGACAGAGGCCCAAUCUUUCAAAAAGUUGCAGAAGCAAAGAAAACUUGAAAAGCAGGAGAGGCUCCUUCUUCAAGCCCAAGAGGACAAGAGACAGCAGUCUCACAAACUGUCCCAAGCCAUUAGAAAGCUGGCCCCAUGGAAACCUGCUCAAAGGGUCAAUCUCAGGGAUUCAGCAGGUGAGCCCCUAGAUGCGAAGGCCUCGGCAAGUGCGAUGCGAGAGUAUUCGAGUCACAUCUUCUCCAAGGGAUCUCCCCUGGAUCCGGUGGCAGCCAGACCACGAGAGGCUGUCAAUGCCUCGCAGGUGGCCAAGCAAAUAAAAACAAUUCCGGUGGGCAAGGCGGUUCCCAGCAUGUCGGCCCCGGUCUCGGCCUGGAAGAGCUUAGCGCCUGAGGCUCAUGUGAAGAUCGCUGAUCUGAUAAACACAGAGGUUUCUCAGUCAGAUAUCUCACCGUACUUGAAGGACCCCAGAAUUGCAUGGAUUCCAAAGCCGGGUAAGCCAGCUACAGCUAUGAAGAACUUGAGGCCCAUAGGAGUAAUAAGUGUUCCAGGCAAAGUGCUUGCAGGUGCUGUCAAGACUCGCAUAGCACCGGCACUGCAAGAGCGCUCACAGCUUGAGCCGCAGUUUGCAUAUAUUCGGAAGCGAGGGGUGCGAGAUGCCAUUGCAAAAGCGUGUCAGCAUCUGGAUCUCGUGCAGGAAAUGCGCCAAGAGCCUCGCCGGGAUAUGCACAAGGCACAGCAAGGUCAGAGAAGGCUCCCAUUGGCAGGGGCCUUAACAGUCUCCGUCGAUCUGAGCAAAGCCUUUGACUCUGUCAACAGACAAGAGUUGCUUGAAGCCUUAGACAAGCUCAACAUAGAUCAAACCACUAAGGACUUUGUUGUACAACUCCACUCCUGUACAUCGUACAACAUGGGCACUAAUGGGCUUGAGUUCAGUGUUCCUACUUCUUCGGGAAUAAAACAGGGAUGUAAAUUAGCUCCUGCAUUGUGGUCUGCCUUAACCUUGCUAGUCAUGGACAGAAUGGAGAAGAAGUGGGGGCCUGGCAGCAGUCAGGCAAGAGAUAUACUCACUGUCUUCGCUGACGAUUUUCUCCAUCAGGAAACUUUUACAAGCUUUGCCGAACUGCAGCAGGUACUCACUCGGCUUGAAGCUUUGUUUCAAUCCCUCGAGGAAGUCGGCCUUGAAGUCAAUCCAGCGAAACCCAAGGCACUGCUCAUGGUGCAAGGCACUCAGCAAUCCCUCUUCCGCAAGCAAUACACCAAACGAUUAAAAAAUCAGCUCCAUUUGGUUCUUCCCUCGGGGCAUCAGAUUCCGAUUCAUCAUCAGCUGACCUAUCUAGGAGUGCAACUAAGAUAUGGUGCUUACAAGGAUCAAACAGUAGACUACAGGAUUUCUCAAGCCCAAGGCAAAUUUGAGCUCCUUAGGAGUAGCUUGUGCACGACGAAGGCCCUUGACGAGGCGAAGAAACUAGAGAUCUGGCGAGUGUAUGUCGAGUCUUCGCUCUUGCAUGGCAUAGUCUCCACGGGAAUCACCCACACGGGACUGCAAAAGCUCCAGAGCAAAUAUUCUCGGAUGCUCAGAUCUAUCUUUCAGCAGCAUCAGCAUUUUAGUCGCAUGGAAACCACAGAGCUGUUUGAGCACCACAAGAUCCAAACUCCUCAGGAAGUUCUUCUCAGGCAAAUGAGGAACUAUCAGGAUGCGAUGGAUGCUGCCAAGCCAACAGGCAACUUACAAACGAUCCAAGAGUACCUGGGUCUACGCAGCCGGCUGAUUAGCUGA